AUGACCGAAUCCCGGUCUGAAAUUGCGGGCUUAGAAGAGGCGGACCAACCGCUUGUUCGAAAUGCCCAUGUCUCAGGCGACGCCAAACGGGGUCCCAGCCGUCCCGACGAGGCGUUGCAACCGCCCUCCACCGACAAGCCCACCAAAUCAAUCGCUCAAUCACCGAUCAACCCCGAAAUCGCAGAGGCACAAGCGACGCUCCGCCAGGCAUUCCCGCAUGUGUACGCGACCGGUCGAGCCCCCUCCAACCGCUCCUCCUCGAGCUCGCUCCAGGCGUUGAAUGAGGACACCGUCGUGGAUGCUCGGUCGGACCAAGGGAGCGCCGGACGCAGCCCUCGACGAACAUCGCGACAUUCAGACACGCGACCCGACUAUCCUGUCUACCCCGAUCAAUCCUAUGCCUCGCUCCAGUCUCAAAUACAUCCGACAUGGCAACCACCGCACCUCAGAUCCCGCAGUUCCUAUCCGUCACAGACCGACCUCGCACCGCGAUAUGCCCAUGCGCGAGCAGCCCGCACGGCGGGCAACACACCGGUCUCAAGCCCAGGCUUGUUCUCGAUGAGGAGCCCCCGGACGACCCCGCCGAUGGGUUCGGAUGAGGAAGGCUGGAUUGGCAGUCCCUAUCUUCAUCCCACACACCUCCAACCGCCCAAGGAAACCCAUACCGCCGAGGUGGAUCGAGAUUUGGUCACUGGCAACAAGCUCAUCAAUCAGUACGAGAUCCUCGAGGAGCUCGGCCGAGGUGAGCAUGGAAAGGUCAAGCUGGGUCGACACGUGACGACCAAGCAGAAGGUGGCCAUCAAGAUUGUCCAGAGAUACUCGAACCGCCGUCGUUUAGGCAAGUUGGGGAACCCAGAGGAUAAGGUCAAGAAGGAAGUCGCCAUCUUGAAAAAGGCUCGGCAUCCGAACGUCGUCAGCCUGUUGGAAGUGAUCGACGACCCGAAUCGGCAAAAAGUGUACAUCGUGUUGGAAUACGUCGAGAACGGGGAGAUCAUCUGGCGCAAGAAAGGUGUCCGCGAGAUCGUCCAUGUUGACAAGCUCCGGCUGGAUCGUGAAAAGGCCGGCAUUCCCGACACACCAGCUUUCUUGGAAGAACGCCAACAAUUCAUUCGCACCGCACAGCACCUCCGCCGACAACGAGAAAGAGCACGAGAGCGAGUCGAAGCGCAGGCCGCAGAUGCACAGCAAGGACCCAUUCCGGCCUGGAGUUUGGAACACGGUGCUGAAUCCGACGAAGAAGUAGAAGACGAAGGUGAAGGGCUAGGGCUUGCCAUACGGCGGUCGUCGACCCGCUCGACGGUAGUGAUCGAUGACAACUCGCCUAGUCAGUCCUCUGGACAGGACGCGCUAGCCGCCGUGGAAGGUAGCAUGUUUGGCGCCUAUACGGACUUUUCCUUCGAACGUCGGUUCAGCACUGCUUCUAGUAGUUUUGGCUACGCGCCCUCCGAGCCCGAGUGGUCUGCCGAUGGCGAUGACAUGUCCUACGUUCCAUGUUUGACUAUUUCGGAAGCUCGCAACGCCUUCCGAGACUCGGUCCUCGGUCUAGAGUACCUUCACUACCAGGGUAUUAUACACCGUGAUAUAAAGCCAGCCAACCUCCUUGUGACCAGCGGACAUCGGGUCAAGAUUUCCGAUUUUGGAGUCUCUUACCUCGGACGACCGAUGCGCGACGAGGAAGAAGAAGAAGAAGAAGAGCAGCUUUGUGAAACCAAUGCCACCGAGCUGGACGAUGCUCGCGAGCUGUCCAAAACGGUCGGUACACCUGCCCUUUACGCGCCCGAACUUUGCUACACCGGCGAUGACUUUGUCGACACCAUUGGAUCGAUCCCCAAGAUCAGCGGCGCUAUCGAUGUCUGGUCUCUGGGCGUUACCCUAUACGGAAUGAUUUUUGGCCGUCUUCCGUUUGUCUCGGACGACGAGUACAGCAUGUUCCAGACCAUUGUGAAGAAGGAAGUUUUCAUCCCACGGAAGCGUCUUGUUCCAGUGAUGGAUGAGUCUUUCAGUCAUUUGCCACGAAAUGUUCGCGAUGAGAAUGAACUUGUCUACGAGGAUAUUGACGAUGAGCUAUACGACUUGCUCCGUCGCUUGUUGACCAAGGAUCCUAUCAAGCGAAUCACUCUCAAGGAGAUCAAGCACCAUCCGUGGACUCUGCACGGUCUUCCGAACCCGCAAAUGUGGGUGGAAGAGACCGAUCCUGGCUAUCAAAGCAAGGGCAAGAGGAUCGAAGUUUCCAACGAGGAAGUCACCAGCGCCGUCAGCAAGGUUCCCUUUAUUCAGCGUGUUCGAUCGAAUGUGGCCAAAUGGUUCACGGGUCGCUCAUCAAAGGAUAAGGAGCAUCGCAAGCGCAACUCCAACAAUUCUACAGACACCCUUUCCUCGGUCUCAAGUGCUGGUGCCUUCGGCAGGGCCUCUCGGGGUGGCGAUAGCCGCCGAUCAAGCUUGCGAGGUGACGAAGACAUAUUACGCAAAGGCGAGCAUCCUCUGGCCCAGAGCGUCACCGCCAGUCCAGUAGAGGAAGAAUCACAGGGUUCUUACUUCGAACGGCCUCUCAGUAUAAUCGAGACGAAGCCCGCUCCCGCCGUCCCAGCAGUGACUCCACGCCCUGGACCUCCUCGACGAGCCAAGUCGUCCAUGUCAACCGCUGAGUCGACGAAGACCGUCAAGCCAUCCAGCUACGAGACAACCCCAACUGGCCGACCUCGGACCGGCGCACCGUCAAUUAUCGAGGCCCUUGGCACGACCAGCAUCGGCAGCAUUUUCAGCGGUGCCACCCGGCGUGCUUCUGGGGCAUUUGGCAGUCGCAGUCGCCGUUCGUCCCCGACUGGCGAAACAGCAUCACUGGAUGGAGACCGGCGGUCGGAGCCUAGCACUGCGGUAAGCAAUGCUUCCGCGGUAGGCCACAUGCGAGCCUCUGGCCUCUGGCACGCCGACGUCCCAUCACUCGGUCCCGCAUUGGCAGGCCACCGUCGAAACCGAUCUCAGCAACUUGCCGGCAAAUCAUCCGCCGAGUCCUUCAACCUCACCAAGGAGGCACUCCUCCGCCGAAGACGAAGCGAUAUCGAGCCAAGCGCCGACGACGUGCUAGCUCCCAAGGUCGAAAGCGCCAUGUACUCGACCGAUUCUCUGCAGCUGCCGGCACUCGGCCCCCUUCCGGACCCUGGCGAAAACCAGAUUGCUGAAACUCGUGCGAACGGACUCAAUGCCUCGACACCUUCUGCCGCUACCAUCUCUUCAUCCUCUGCAGACGACUUCACCAGCGGUAUGUCUCAGAGUGCCUCUCACCCCAGUAUCCCGUCUGUGGUCUCCGGCGCCUCAUCGUUGUCCGGCGACGGUCUCUAUAUGGGACCCAAGGAUAAAGACUCAGACGAGUCUUCCACCGUCCCCUCCAUCCUCCGCACCGGCGAAACCGUCAAAGCGCGUCUUCCCAGUUCUCCGCGUCCAUCUGAAGAAGACGAGUCGCGGUACUACUGUGACGACGAAGAUGAAGACGAGUCCGAAGAUGAAGGGCUGGUCAUUGGCAAGAAAAAGCCUCCUCCCAAAUCCGGAGAGAGCAAGCCGACACUCAAGUUGAAUUGA